AUGCAGGCCCCUAAGCAGAUCGACACCGGCUUCGGCUCCUGCCUUGCACCCAUCGACCUCGAGGCCGCUCACCUGGCUGCUGAGCGCCUCCACCACCUUUGCAUCAACCCUCCGCUCCCGCAGUAUCCUGCUGGAUCUUCGCACGGUGAUGGCUUCCACCGCACCAACUUCACCAUGCCCAUCGCCUACCCGCGCGCCACCUACUCCGCACCUCUUGCCGGUGGCGAGUCGCUUUCGGAGCUGCUCCCGGGCACGCACGAGGUGCUCUCUCAAAAUGCUCGUGCCGUCGAUGCCUGCCAUUUCGUUCCCGUCAAGGUGGAGCCCACGCCAGGCCUCUACACUCCCUUUGUACGCGGAGGAACCGACCCUAAGCAGCUGCGUAAGCGCCGCGUCCUUGUCGUCGAGCGCCUCGUUCCGAAGCGCGCGCCCAAGAACCCGGAUGCCAAGAUCCUCAUCCUCACACACGGCCUCGGUUUCUCCAAGGAGUGCUACAUCCCCAUCAUCGACGAGCUUCUGCGAACCAAGCCCAACGAGAUCGAGGAGAUUUGGAUGAUUGACACGCUCGGCCACGGCAUGUCGGCCGUGGUCAACCGACAGCUGGACGACCCCAGCCCACUCGAAUUCAGCGAUCGCUGCAUCGAUGGCAACGAUCUCGCUCGUGACAUCCUGCAGUUCAUCUGCUGCUUUAUGCCAUCGACGCCUACCACCACGCCUGUCGAGCCGUCGCGCACGCUCGACUUCCACCUCCCACGCUUGCCGCGCAAGAAGCUGGUGGGCAUCGGCCACUCUUUCGGAGGCUCUGCACUGAUGCAGGCCUCGUACCACUUUCCGGACCUCUUUGACUCGGUCUCGCUUCUCGAGAGCAUUCUGUCAACUUUCGAGUCGGCGGAUCGCAUCCACGCUGUACCUCUGGCUAGGUAUACGCUGCUCAAGAAGGACCGUUGGGAGUCGCGCGAAGAGGCCCGCCAGGAGGCGGACAGCGACAAGCACAUGAGGCUCUGGCAUCCAUCGACGCGCGAUGCAUUCGCAGCAGGAAUGCUCACCGAGUCGCUCACUCAUCCUGGCACUGUCGAACGCAGCGCCGACAAGGUGGCCGAAGCGCUCUCGAUCCGUGGCAACCGACCCGGGAUGCAGCUGUCGCAAUACCUUCACUGCCUGCCCGCUCGCCUGCCGGUUCUGUUUGUAUCGGCGCACAAGCCGCUGCUACUUCCGCUCGAGGAGAUCUUCCACACAGCCCAGGGCAUCCCCAACCUGCACUUUGAGGUCAUGACUGGCACCCACAACCUUCCCCACGAGCGACCCAUCGAGAUCGCUCAUCGCAUCAUCCGCUUUUGGCGCGAGACCGACGUCUCGAUGCCCUUCUUCCGCGAAUGCCAUUCCGCGGGAGUCUCGAGCCGGCCUCCACCUUCCGGUGCGGGUGUUGGAUCCCUGAAGGGCGGCGACGGGACCGUCCGCAACCUGAUCGGAGCCAGCAAGAAGAGGAGCGCUCAGCAAGAAGAGGAGCGCGGUUUCGACUUCGACAAAGGCCAACGACUCAUCAUGGCGGUGACGGCUCAGCGUCUUUCAGCUUUUGCAUGGCAUGUUGUGGCGCUGUCCUCGUGCAUCUACGGCUUUAAGUCGCUCGAAGUUCUGCCCGAGCUGCUCGGCGUCAGCAUGGAGGAAGAAUACGGAGGGUUCAUGCAAUUUCUGACCAUGUGCGGUCUCACUGGUACGGCAAUCACGAUGGUCCUGGCCACCAUACAGGACAUCGUCGGAACACCAGAAGCGCUGAGCUGGACCAAGGACCUCGCCAUGGCCGCCUCACUGCCGACCGAGACGAUGAUCACCAUUCUGUACUGGUCGAUCGUGGUGAUCAAUAAGGAUCUUUUGAUGCAGCCCAAGAAGGUGAUGGACCCGCACAAUCCUGGCCAGGUGCUUCGCGAAGAAACGGUGUCGGUGCCGUUCUCGAUCGAUGCAAGCUUGCACGCCUUUCCUGGCGUAUUCUUGCUGGUCGACUUUUUCUUGUUUAGCCGACCGCUACCCAAGUCCAUCCCGAUCGUUGCCGUGGCGGCAACGGUUACCGUCAGCUAUGCUCUUUGGGCAGGAAAGUGUGCCGAGAUGAAUGGCCACUAUCCGUACCCUUUGCUGGACGUUCUCAGUGAUGCGCAGCGCUUCGCUUUCUACAGUGUCGCUGGGCUUGCGGCGUGCGGCACUGGUGCCGCGGUCGUUCGACUUCAAGCUCGCUUCAAGGGUCGAAGCGGUAGCAAGCCGAAGCGCCAGUAG